AUGGGUCUCACUGGCAAGGACAAAGUUUGUUGUCAGUCCCUAAUUGACCAUGAGAAGAGGAUCAUUAUCCAUCAUCUUAAACACCUUAGUCCAUACGGUGAUGAUGCUCCCAGAGUGCUGUUAAGCAUUUUACCAGCAGAAUGUGGUGACAGGGAAUUCAGAGAAGUUGUGUCAAGACUAAAGGACUGGUUCAAAGUGCUCCAUGAAAAUGGAAAUCGCAACAAAAAGACUCAUGGACUUCAGAGACAAGACAAGGACAGAAUUAAGCAAGAAGAACUGACUGGUCAACAGCAUGCAUCUGAAGGACAUCAGUCAUCAGGGCGCCAACAAGAAGCAAGCAUCAGGACAGAUACAUACACAAUGCAACAAUUGUAUAGUGAUGUGGAGAAAGAAGCACACAGUGAAGGACAGGGUGCUGAUGUUGGAGGAUUUGACACCAGUAUUCUACCCAUUUGUAAGGACUCACUUGGAUGGAUGUUUAACAGACUGGACACAAACUAUGACCUACUGCUUGAUCAGUCAGAACUGGGAAGCAUUUAUUUUGACAACCAUGAUCAGUGCAUGAAACCAUUUUUCAAUUCAUGUGAUACAUACAGAGAUGGUCGCAUCUCCAACAAUGAGUGGUGCUACUGUUUUCAGAGAAAUCAAGAGCCACCCUGCCAGAUGGAACUAAACAAUAUUCAAAGACAGCAACGAGGAAAGAAAUUGCUUGGAACUUUUAUUCCAACUUGUGAUGAAGAUGGUUAUUAUAAAGCAAUCCAGUGUCACGGCAGUGUAGGACAAUGCUGGUGUGUUGACCAAUAUGGAAAUGAAAUGAGAGGAUCUAGAUCAAGUGGAUCACCAGAUUGUGUUGGUGAUCUGGAGAUUUCAGGUGACUUUGGCAGUGGUGACUUCCAUGAGUGGUCAGAUGAUGAGGAUGAUGUGGAAGUAAUCAAUGAUGAGGAAGAGGAUGCAGAAGUUGACAAUGAAGAUGAUGAAGAUGACGAUGAUGAAUAUGAUGUAGGGGGCUACAUAUGGUAGUCUGGAAAUGUCGUGAACUUUAAUAUUUUGCACGUUUCUAUAGUGAAAUCUCAUCCAUUAUUAGACACGUUAAAAUGAACAAAAGAUAUUUCAGUCAACAUGUAUAUUUUGUACAAUUAUACCUUCAAAUAUGGAUCCUCCAGAAAUAGGUCUGUACCCUUUAAAAAUUAUUGCAGUACUUGUUAGCUCUGUAAUUUUUGAAAGCAUAAAUUGAUAAUUAUAAUCCAAGCCAGUUAAAUGAAAUACAAUGCUAAAACACGUGUAAAAACCUCAACUAUGAUUUUGAAAAUCAACUUCCUUUGAAUUGUGUUCUGUCAUCGUAUAUGGCCACAUUGUGAUGCAGUAAGCCUAGGCUCCUCCUCCACAAAUGACCUGUGUACAUUGCUCCUGGCAUUGACCCUGAAAACAUGAGUCAUAGCAUUGAUUUGCUUUGUUUUUAGAGUGUGUUGGUUAUUCAGAUGGCAAAGGCAUUAUGUAACCAAAAGAAUAAUUUGUCAGCAUUUAGUUAACUUUUGCAUAUGCACAUUAUUAUGGUGAAAUUUGCAGCAGUUGGAAUUUUUAGCCAGCGGUGGUUAUGGCAACAAGCCGUUCUUGCCAUAGGUUGACUAAAACAUUACUAAAGAACAUGGAUGCCUUGACUACCUGAGUGAUGUUUUUUGUCUUCAAAUAAAAUGUAAUCAUCUUUUUAAAAGUAUAUAUACUUUUAAUUAGUAGUUUGAAGUAAAUAGAAGUCACAUUGCGAUGUGCCUUUCAAUUUAAAAAUAGACAUCUUGUUUGUGUAUGAAAAAUAGGAGUUCAGGAAAUAUUUAAUCAUGCCCGAUCACAGCUAAGUACUGCAGCUGCAAAUGUGGAAUAAGAGAAAAGUAAUUUUAAGUAAUUAAUUUUUCAAUAGUUAUAACAGUCAUCCUAUGGACUAUAAAUAUAUGCCAGAAAUGUGUAGCAGUAGCACUUAACAAUUUUGCUAUAGAUUAAAUUGCCCUGUAUUUAUGUUAGCAUGUUAAUUGAUUGUAUAGACAUGUUGGAAUCCCAUCGCCUUGAUACAUAUUAGAGUUGAGUCUUUUAAGUCCUCUUUCAACAAAAAUCAAAGUUGUUUGUAGUUACUAACAUAACAUUGCAUUGUGUGCUGUUUAUUUAGAACAUAUGAUUGUCAGCUCUUAAAUGUUUCUUCUGAAAUCUGGACUAACAAAAAACCACAAAUAAUAUAACACAUUUCCAUUCUCUUUUUCCUUAUAAACUGAAUUUGCAUUUCAAAAUGAAAAGGCUAUGCUGCAUUUUUUUUUACUGUAUGUAUAGUUUGCAAUAAUAAAGGACUCCUGU